GCAGCCAAUAGGCGGGCAGCUUGUUGGAGGGUGAGCGACGCGAGCCGGCGGCUUCUCCUCUCCACAGCGGCGGGUUCCAUUGUUCGGGUUCAGCGGCGCCAUGAGGGGUGAUCGAGGCCGUGGCCGUGGCGGUCGUUUUGGCUCCAGGGGCGGCCCUGGCAGUGGGUUCAGGCCCUUUGUGCCACACAUCCCCUUUGACUUCUAUGUGUGUGAAAUGGCCUUCCCUCGUGUGAAACCUGCCCCAGAUGAGACUGCCUUCAGUGAAGCCUUGCUGAAGAGAAACCAGGAUCUGGCUCCCAAUUCUGCGGAACAGGCUUCCAUUCUUUCCCUGGUGACUAAAAUAAACAAUGUGAUUGACAACUUGAUCGUAGCACCAGGAACUUUCGAAGUGCAAAUCGAAGAAGUCCGCCAGGUGGGGUCCUACAAGAAGGGCACCAUGACAACGGGGCACAACGUGGCCGAUCUGGUAGUGAUCCUGAAAAUCUUGCCUACGUUGGAAGCUGUUGCUGCCUUAGGAAACAAAGUGGUGGAAAGCCUGAGAGCACAGGAUCCUACUGAAGUCCUGACCAUGUUAACCAACGAGACUGGCUUUGAGAUUAGCUCUGCUGAUGCUACGGUGAAGAUCCUCAUUACCACCGUGCCCCCCAACCUUCGAAAGCUGGACCCAGAGCUCCACUUGGAUAUCAAAGUGCUGCAGAGCGCCCUGGCUGCCAUCCGACAUGCUCGCUGGUUUGAAGAGAAUGCUUCUCAGUCCACGGUGAAAGUCUUAAUCCGAUUGCUGAAGGACUUGAGAAUCCGAUUCCCUGGCUUCGAGCCCCUCACUCCAUGGAUCCUCGACCUUCUGGGGCACUAUGCUGUGAUGAACAACCCUACCAGGCAGCCCUUGGCUCUCAAUGUCGCGUACAGGCGCUGCCUUCAGAUCCUGGCGGCUGGGCUGUUCCUUCCGGGAUCUGUUGGGAUCACCGAUCCCUGCGAGAGUGGCAACUUCAGAGUCCAUACAGUCAUGACCCUGGAACAACAGGACAUGGUGUGUUACACGGCACAGACGCUUGUCCGAAUCCUCUCGCACGGAGGUUACAGGAAGAUCCUUGGACAAGAGGGGGAUGCCAGCUACCUGGCCUCUGAAAUGUCCACUUGGGACGGGGUGAUAGUCACCCCUUCAGAGAAGGCUUACGAGAAGCCUCCAGAGAAGAAGGAAGGGGAGGAGGAAGAGGAGAAUCAAGAAGAAACAGCUGCAGGAGAGGAGGAGGAGAGCAUGGAGACUCAGGAGUGACCUGCACAGCUUGACCCUUACUGGCCGAAGCACAUGAAGAAUCUCGUCCAGACCCGAGCCUGUCCUUGCCCAUCCGUCUCACCGAACGAUGGGAAGAGUCCUUCAUAUUUUGUCUUGGUUUUUAUAGGUUAUAUUAAAAUGGUUCCCCCUUUUAA